AUGGACAGAAUUCCAUCUUCUGAGGAGAUUAAACAAGCAGUUUUUGAUCUAGGGGCAGACAGUGCUCCAGGGCCGGAUGGGUUUUCUGGAUGUUUCUAUAGACACUGCUGGGAUAUUAUUCAAGAUGACUUAUUAAGAGCCGUUAUUUAUUGCUGGAAUUCUGGUCAUAUCCCAAAUGGGGUAAAUUCUAGCCUAAUUGUCUUGAUUCCCAAGGUGGCUUUCAUGAAAGGGCGUAACAUCCAUGAAAACAUUAGUCUUGCUUCUGAAUUGAUUAAUGAGCUUCAUAUCAAUCGUAAGGAUGGUAAUUUGGGCCUUAAGCUUGAUAUUUCACAAGCUUUUGACACGGUCAGUUGGUCUUUUGUCUUGGAGGUUUUUCGUAGUCCGGAGGGUUUUUUCAAGAUAAAUAGAGGUUUAUGUCAGGGAGAUCCUCUUUCUCCCUUGAUCUUUGUUUUGAUGGAGGAUGUCCUUAGCAGAAAUAUCACAAAGCUUUUUGCAGAGAAGAGGAUGUCUUACAUGUGUGCUUCAGGUCAAUCUGUUUGUCGCCAGAAGAGUAAAAUUUAUUAUGGUGGUGGUUCGUUGAGUAGACGUAAUUAUCUUGUUGAUUAUUUGGGUAUGAGUGUAUCUACUUUCCCUGAUCGUUAUUUGGGUGUUCAAAUAAUACCUGGUGCUGUGAGUCGUGUUGUUGUGGUGGCGUAUGAUAAAACCUGUUGCCCUUUUGAGGAGGGGGGUUUGGGUUUAUCUCGUAUGGCUACUAUGAAUUCUGCAAUGUUGAUGAAGUUAUGGUGGAAGAUCAGUACUUCUAAGAAGAAUUGGGCAGGUUAUCUUAAGGCUAAGUUUUUUAGUCGAAGAGGUUACAUUAAGACUUAUGGGGUGAAGUCUACCAUUCUUCCAGGCAUUAGAAGGGUUUAUAAAUAUGUGGAGGCUAACACUAAAGUUCUUCUUGGUGAUGGAAGGGAUAACCAAUGGGUUUUUCCUGAAAAUCACUUGAACUAUUUACUCGCGGCUGGUGUGGAUAUGCAUAAUCUUCCUUUGCCAAAUGGGGGUGAAGAUAAGAGAGUUUGGAUGCCAAACUUUCCAGGUGAUUUUUCCGUAAGCUCUGCCAAGGAGCUUAUUCGUCAGAAACAUGGUAGCUUCAAUGCAGCGUCUAUCCUGUGGAGGAAGGAAAUUCACCCUAAACUUGCGGCUCAAAACUGGAAAUUCAUUCGUGGUGCUUGUGCCACUUUGGAUAUCAUUCAAUCUAGGUUCAGAAUUCAUUUGGCUAACAAGUGUGUUCUGUGUGAAACUGAGGAAGAAUCGCUAGAACAUAUUCUUUUUCUUUGUUCUUUUGCAGCUCGUGCGUGGUCUUGGAUUUCUGGUAUCUUUGGUAUGACAGCAAACUUCAACAUUGUGGAUUCUUUCAAGGCAGCUAAGGGAAGAAGUGCAAUUGUCUGUGACUUGUGGCUGGUGGAGAACUUAGUAAUCAGGUCAGAACUAUGGGCUAUGCGCAACAAAUGCAUUUUUGAGAAGCACAAAUGGGGUCUUUUUUCUAAAAGAGUGCUGAAGCUAAUACAAGAAUAUUCAGUCCGUCUAAAAGGGUUUAUGCGCAACAGUGUGGAAGAUAUGGUGCUGUUGGAUUACUUCUGUGUGGUUCAUAGAAGUGUUAUACAUCAACAGCCUAUUGAAGUGUUAUGGCAGCCUCCGGAACUUAAUGAGAUUCUAAUUUGUUGUGAUGGAGCAGCGCGUGGGAAUCCAGACAUUGCGGGAGCAGGAGUGGUGGAAAGAGACUCUAGCUGUGCAGUUCUUGGUGCUUUGAGUAUUGGUCUUGGAGUUACUACAAACUAUUUGGCGGAACUCUAUGCAAUUAUAAUUGGUAUGGAAUGGGCAAUGCAAUGGAAUUAUGAUCGUAUUUGUGUGCAAUCUGAUUCAUAUGGAGUAGUUCAAGCUUUACAAAGCUCUUCUAUUCCUUGGUUUGCAAGAGCAAGAUGGGGCGGUUAUGCAAUCAUUAUAUUUCUAUAA